AUGGCUUGUAGUAACAAUAAAGUAGUAUUGAAAAAUUUGAAACAAGUAGCACUGAGAUUUCUAAAGUUGAUGAUUGGUUUGAUUGGAGUUGUUGUUGUUGUUGUUGUUGUUCUGAGAUUGUUGAGUAAAUUUGGGAAAAGUGGAAAUACAAUUAUAGAUGAUUUUAUUCUUAAAAAAAGAUUAAGAUGGAUUCCUUAUAACAAAUUUAAAAAUGUUGAAUAUCUUAAUGAAGGAGGAUUUGGCAUUAUAUACAAAGCUACUUGGUUAAUAAAGAAUUAUAAACAUAGAGAUGUAAUUCUUAAAUGUCACAAGAAUUUAAAUGAAAAUUUAGAUGAAUUUUUGAAAGAAUGGGAAUAUCAUAUGAAGUGUUUAGUUUCAUCUUCUGCUAUUAUUGAAUUUUAUGGAUUUACAAAAGAUCCAAAUACUUCAAAAUAUAUGGUAGUAAUGGAUUAUGCAAAUAAAGGUAAUUUGAGAGAAAAUUUAACAAGAAUAGUCAAAAAUAAUUGGAAUCAAAAAUUACUUAUGUUGUAUAAGAUGAUUUCUGGACUUAAAAGGAUACAUAAUCAAAAGCUUACUCAUUGUGAUUUUCAUGAUGGCAAUAUUUUAAAUCAUAAUGAGAGUGUAAUUUAUAUUAGUGAUUUAGGAUUAUGCCAACCUGUAAAAUCGGGUUUGAAAAAGUAUGAUAUUUAUGGUGUUAUACCAUUUAUGGCUCCUGAAGUUUUAAGAGGCAAACCUUAUACUCCAGCUAGUGAUAUAUAUAGUUUUGCUAUGAUUAUGUGGGAAUUUACAUCAGGAAUACCACCAUUUAAUAAUAGAGCACAUGAUCUUCAUCUUAGUUUAAGUAUUUGUAAAGGUGAACGUCCUGAAAUUAUUGAAAAUACUCCACAACGUUAUGUAGAUUUAAUGAAAAAAUGUUGGAAUGAAGAUCCAUUAAAAAGACCAUCUACAUCAGAAGUAAUAGAUGCUUUUGUUAGUUGGAUUUUCCGUCCUCGUAAUAAUGAAUUUAAUGAAGAAUUAAAAAACAACAUUAUGGAAUUUAUAAAUGCACCAAUUGGGCAGCUUGCUACUAAAUCUCAUCCUAAAGCAUGUUUUACAAGUCGCUUACUUGAUUUUACUAGUAAAAAAUUAAAUGAAAUUCUUGAAAGUGAAAAUUUGGAUAAUUAUUUAAUUAAAGAUUUGAAGUCAUUAGAUGAAAAUACUAGUGAAAACUUGAAUGAAAUUCUUGAAAGCGAAGAUUUACAAGCUAGUGUGAAAGUAAAUGAAACAUUAGUAAGUGAAAAUUUGGAUGAUUAUAUAAUUAAGGAUUUGGAGUCAUUAGAUGAGAAUAAUAGUAAAAAGUUGAAUGAAAUUCUUGAAAGUGAAGAUUCACAAACUUAUCAUGCAAGCUAUUCUUCUACUGUUAUAACUGAAGAUUUGGAUGAUUGUAUAAUUAAAGAUACAAGUAAUUAG